UUAUUUUCUCAUGCAUAACCAUUAUGAUUUUCCUUGAAAUAUUCCAUCUUGAAAGUAACUGACUUGAGAUUUCAAAUAUUUCUUUUAUGGUCAUUAUUCAGCAGUUAAAAUUAUUUUAUUUAUUUUUUAACAGACUUGUUAUACAUCCAACCAUUGUCAGAAAAAAGGACGAGUGCUAGUAAAGUUGCUGUAGAUAUGGAAAAGUCAGACUUAUUACACACCCAACCAUUGUCAGAACUAGAGAAGAGCACAAGCGAAGUUGUAACAAAUCAGGAAAAAUCAGAUCUGGGGAUGUCUCAUGUGCCAGGAAAGAGAAAAGCAGGUGAUUCUACCAUGGACUUGGUCCAUGAAGAUCUUUCCAAGUCAGAAAUGAUGAACUUGACACCUUUGAAUAAAAACUUGAAGACAGCAUUUGAUGGAUCAGAAGAACUGAAAGAUGAUUUAAGAUCUCUGAGGAGGAAGAUACGGAAGUUGGAGGAAAGAGUAGCUACUUUGGAAAAAGGAAAGAACAGUGAUCCAGAUGAAGAAAAACUGAAACUGGUAGAACAUCUUGAAAAUGAUGUUCAAAAAACUUUCACAAUUCUUGUUAAAUCUACUUUCACAGAUGAUGAACUUAUUAACAGUUCUCGAACAGGCAAAAGAAGUAACAAGUGCAUAGGGGAUCCACGCCCUCCUCUAGACUCAAAAAGACUUGAAACAUUAGAGAGACUUGUGUGCUCGAAAACAAAACUUUCGAAAGAAAGUUUUAUUAAAAAACUUGAAAAUCUACAAAAAACAUUGCGCCAGAAAAUACAAAAACAAGUAGUUUAAGCAAGUUACAUAAGUGUGAUGACCAGUUAAAUGAUUAAAACAAGUUGAAUUCAAA